AUGCUGACGAACGAGCCGGAUGCGAGGACCUCUGAGAGAGAUCAAUCGCAGCAUCAGGUUGAUGUCAAUGGAGCGCAUCAUGAAGAAAAUGACGAAACGUUGGCAAAACAGGGAGUAAUCAACAAGACCGUGCCCGGUGAAUCCCGGAUACCUCCGGAUCCCGUCGCCACUCGGCGGACCGUCCCAUCAGGCUCAGGGGAAUCGCCGAAAUUAUCUCGAACGACGUCGAGGACCGAAGCUGUUAGACAAGAUGUCAGGAGAUUGAAGAGCGUCACGCUGGAUAGAAUGGGGAAGAUGUUUAGGACACGUACGCCUGCCGUGGGAAAAUCAUUUUUGGGCUUGGACACCAAUGUGACAAGCGUCGAUGAUUAUGACGAAAAAGCACCGAGGAAAGAGAAGACAAACUCUCUGGGAAGGAUGCUUAAGUUUGUCGACAAAGGCGGUUCGCCUAGGAAACUUUUUGCCCAUCCCCGAGCAGGGUCGCUGAGUCGUAUACUACGUAGGCAUCCUCAUAAUGAGGACAAUGGAAUUAUCGAUAAACCGGCGGAGGACACCGGGCGUGGAAUUCUCUCCAGAAUGCUUAGUCAACUGAGAGGACGUCCCGUAAGCGGAACUACUGCUAAAUCUGACACACGUAAGGGCAAGAAACUUAAUUCUUCAUUAGAAUUGCCAUUGGGAAUGCCAUUAAAUUCGAAAACGGCUAACGUUACGUAG